AGUCGGCUCCGGACAGCGCUCGUGUUGUUGUUUUUUCGCGAGCGCUAAUUGAGCCGGCCGCACGGUUGCGGACAUGCCGCUGCCCCGGGUGGUUCUGGCAGAUUUGCCCCCGGCCGAGAAGGAGAGGAUGCUCUCCUUCCUGGUGGCCAACAAGGUGGACUUCAAGCCCGACCUCUCUGGCAAGUUCACCGCUGUGGUGAAGGUGGUCAAGGAGACUCCUGUCAAGGAAGGGAGGCCAAAUCCUCCCCGCCAGGUGACCACCUCUUCCAAGCGGCGAGUGCCGGAGAAGGUGAAAUUGGAUCCCGCCAAGAUGGCUGGCUGGGAGCAAAGCGCCAGCAGCAGUGCCAGCACCUCAGCGCGGGAGGACAAUGGCCACAAGCCGAACCUCACCGCCAUUCAGACGGAGAUCCGGAAAAGGUUUCCAAGCUUUACAAGCUUAUUGCCGAGUCUCACCCAGCAUCCAAAGACGAUGAUGAAGGCUGAGCUCAUUGGCUUUAUGGAAGAGGUGUACACCGCCCGCUACAACCAGGACCUCCUGCAAGUGCAGCAGCAAGCUGAGGCAGAGGCAAAUGGUGGGAAGAACAAGAAGAAGUUGCCCAGCGACCUUACGAGCUUCCCCCAGACACCUAUGCUGCUGCCGCUCCCUUGUGGCAGACGGAAGCUCCCCGCGGAAGCUCCGCGCGAAUGCUGUGCGUGCUGGUCCGUGGUCACUUCCGCGGGCAAACGCUUCGGGUUGCGGCAGAUGGUGGGCCAAACUUGUUGGAGCUUGGCGAAGAGCGUGGAGCAGUACCGCUCAGAGCACCAGGGCAUCGAGAUGUUCGCUCGCUUCCUGGAGGAGUCCCACGAUGCAGUGGAUGUCCUUUUCUACUUGGAGAUGCGAUGGGCAGCGCGCCAGAUAAUGAUGCCGCGGGGCAACUGGUGCCGAGCAUGGGCAAAGACGCCGAAGGUUUUCAGCCCUCAGCCCAGACUCGCCCAGGUGGAGCCCCAGGGAGCCGUGUCCAAGACCUUCCCGCCCAGCACACGGCCGGAGCUGCCUUUAAAGAAGGCCAUGGCUGCUGUGCGUGAGGGCAUUGACCCUGAGGCACCAGAGGUGCUCAAGGCCAGCAUCAUCAGCAGGUUGAAGGAGGAUGCAGGCGAUGCUGCUGUGAUCACCUGGGACCGCUUCCUCUUUAUUUGCACGCAGGAAUAUCGCAAGGCUCGCUGCAUCAGCUCCCAGAAGAAGGUGCUGCGCAAGGACAGCGAGGCCGCAGAGUUUGCCCGACUCAUCCAAGAGACCUGGGAGAUGAGCGUGGAGGAGGCAUUCUCGAAGUUCGAUCAGGACAACAGUGGCAUCGUCACCUACGAGACCUUCACGCAGAUUGCCAAUGAUGAGUUGGGCUUCGAUGCGAGCGGCCUGUGGCAACAGCUGGACCCUGAGCAGAACGGGACCAUCGGCAUCGGGGAAUGGGAGCUGCUGAAUACCUUGCCAAGCGCCGAUCCUGCCCAGGAGGAGCUGUGGCCUCCGGGCUUCUCGGAGCUUUCGCUGGAGGACCGGGAGGCGCUGAUGCAGGAGGCCCAAGAGGUAGCUUCCCGCCUCGCUGUGUCUCUGUCGGAGCACGGGGAGAACCUGAGCAACCAGGAGGUGAUGGGCUGGGCCUUGCGCACCGUGCUGAAGCGGAGGGGCAAGCUGGGCCCGGAACGUUCUCCCAGCACCCCAGGCUUGGGACGGAAGAAGUUUGAGGCCUCGCACUCCUAUGCUUUGAGUCUGGACGAGAUGGGGCAAGCCUGGACAGAGCUCCGCCAAGCGCAGUCCGGGGAAGGAGCUGAGCAGAGUGAUUUGGAGGGCAUUGUGCGCGACAACCUGGCAGCAGCCACCGAUGCUUUGGUUGAUGAGGCCCUCCAAGAAGUGGGUGUGACUGAUGACGGCGUCAAGGAGGCGCUUUUGGAGGAGUUCAUGGUGGUCACGGAUGCGCUAAUGGAAGCCGUGGUCACUGGGGACAUGGCACGCUGGCUGCAGCAGCUGAACAUCGAGAGCCCAGGUUCCGAAGAUUUGCAGCAGCAGUUCCAGGAUUUGACCAUGUCGUUUGAGAACCUUCUGAGUGCGACGGACGAGGAGUCGGUGGCGAGCGUCUGCCGCUCCGUGGUGGCAGCCCACGAGCUGCGGGUGAUGUGCUGCCAACGCGCCCAGGACCUCCUGGAGGACACUGGCGUCAAUCCUGUGCCCGAUACUCCCGACUUCGCAGAGGCCGACGUGGCCGAGGCCGAAACGGCGCCAGAGCCGCUGGAGGCCGAGGAGUCCAUGGCUGAGGCGGAUGCCCUGGAGAUCGAGGACGCCUUCUGAGCACUAGUGACGGAGCUAGCGAGCAAAGGCAGAGACAUGGACUGGUGUUUCUAGGG